AAGUAGUGUGACAAAAAUGAUCUACGGCGGGAGAUGAAGAGAAUGAUCGUGGACGAAUAAUUAAGUAAAAUAUAGAUAGAGUGAUCUAUGAAGUAACAACAUUAACAGCACAACCAGCCAAGAUGACAUCCAUUGUAAAACUUCAAGCCUUUUCUGGUGCUCACAAUGAAUCACCACCAUGUUAUAUGUUACAAGUGGAUGAGUUCCGAUUUCUCCUUGACUGUGGAUGGGAUGAGGAUUUUAAUCUGGACUUUAUAAAAGAGCUUAAAAGACACACCCAUCAAAUUGAUGCUGUACUGCUAAGCUAUCCUGAUCACAUCCACUUAGGAGCUCUGCCAUAUAUGGUUGGAAAGGCUGGAAUGAAUUGUCCUAUAUAUGCUACUAUUCCUGUGUAUAAGAUGGGGCAGAUGUUUAUGUAUGAUCUAUACCAGUCAAGACACAACACAGAAGAUUUUGAAAUAUUCAGUCUGGAUGAUGUUGAUUGUGCUUUUGAUAAAAUCCACCAGCUUAAGUAUUCACAAACUGUACAUAUGAAAGGUAAAGGCCAUGGUCUACAGAUUACCCCCCUGCCUGCUGGACACAUGAUCGGUGGCACUAUAUGGAAAAUUGUUAAAGAUGGAGAGGAGGAGAUUAUUUAUGCUGCUGACUACAAUCACAAAAAAGAGAGGCAUUUAAAUGGAUGUGUUCUGGAAUCUAUAUCUAGACCAUCCUUGAUGAUUACAGACGCAUUCAAUGCUACAUAUAUUCAAUCUCGUAGACGUACCAGAGAUGAACAGCUCAUGACAACUAUUUUACAAACAAUGAGGAAUGAUGGAAAUGUCUUGGUUGCUGUAGAUACAGCUGGCAGAAUGCUUGAACUCGCACAGUUACUGGACCAGAUGUGGAGGACUUCAGAGUCUGGUCUGUCACCGUACUCCUUGGCACUUCUUAACAAUGUCAGCUUCAAUGUUGUGGAGUUUGCCAAGUCACAGGUUGAAUGGAUGAGUGACAAGAUCAUGAGAGCGUUUGAAGAGAACAGGAACAACCCAUUCCAUUUUAAGCAUGUAAAGCUUUGUCAUAACCUGGCUGAACUGUCAAGGAUUCCAGAACCAAAGCUGGGGUUUAAAUCAGUCCUGCCAGAUAUCACAAGGAAUACCUAUAUAUGAUCCUUCAGGCUCCG